CUUGGUGCUGCUCAGCAUCCCGGAAGUUCAGCAUCAUCUGCUCUUUCAGGAGGAGACGCAUCAUCGUCAGAGCUUUGACAACAACGGGGACAGUGGCAAAAACAUCGGCCUGUCCGGCAGAAACUCUCGCUUUUUGCAAGUGGAAUUCAUAUGAAAAGGACAAAUGAAGUGACCAACAGGAUACAAUGUCAUCAUUCCAGGUGGUGGACUCGUCGCCGGGCAGCAGCGUUAGCGUUAUGGAAACAUCCAACUUUGCCCAUGUCAUCUUCCUGAACGUGGGGAAGAGUUUCCUGCCCCAGGCGCCCCUGGAGUGUCGCUACACCCUGACCCCUUACAUUACCCCCCACCCCAAAGACUGGGUGGGCAUCUUUAAGGUGGGUUGGAGCACAGCCAGGGAUUACUACACCUUCCUUUGGUCUCCUAUGCCUGAAAACUAUGAACCAGGAAGUACUGUGCACAGGACUGUGGUAUUUCAAGGGUAUUAUGUACCCAAAUCUGAUGGAGAGUUUUACCAGUUCUGUUAUGUCACACACGCGGGUGACAUCAGAGGAGCGAGCACGCCAUUCCAGUUCAGGUCAGCCACACCCACCGAAGAGCUGCUGACUGUCACAGAGGACGACAGCAACUCAGACAUACUGGUCGUCACCACCAAGACCGGCCUGCUAGAGCGAGUGGAGGAGGCGCAGCAGGAGCGCAGGGAGCUGCUGAAGGCCAUGCGGCUCCUGCAGGAGGAGAAGCAGCAGCUGCAGGAGGAGCAGAAACGAUUAGCCAGGGAGAGGGAGCAGGAAAGGGAGACGUGCUGCCUCCUGCGGACACACAACCAGGAGCUGCUACGCUCGUCGCAGGGCCUGUCAGAAGAGAGGGAGGAGGUGAGGAGGAGGCUGACAGAGGCCACCGACCGGGUCCGCCAGCUGGAGGAGGACCUGCUGGGAGUCACCCAGAGAGGCCUGCAAAAGGAGACAGAGCUCGAUUGUCUGCGUGAUCGUCUGAAGAAGCUGACGGCAGAGAGAGACAGUCUGGAGAGCCAGCUGAAGAAUGAGAAGGACGAGAGAGACCUCUACAAGGCCCACCUGCGCAGCACCGAGCUGGAGAACACUAAGCUGAGCGCAGAGCUGCAGAUGUUGAAGGCAGUGGAGCUGAAUCGGGAGGUGACCAUUGCCCAGUUCCAGGAGGAGCUGGAGAGGCUCAGGGCUUGUGUUGCCCAGCGGGACAGCCUGGAGAAAGAGCUGCUGGCACACAAGGCUGACAAGGCAGAGCUUGCUCGUGUGCGUGAGCUGCUCCGUCAGGCCGAGGAGCAGCUGCAGGCGUCCCGACAGCAGGCCUCCCUCCUGGCCUCGGAGCUCCGUGACUCAGCCAGCGCCCGUGACCACACGAUGACCGAGCUGUACCGCGCCCGCUUAGAGGCAGACAAGCUCCGUGCCAGUCUUGCUGACGCUCAGGCUGAGUGCCAACGCAUGGAGAGCCAGUUAGACCGCAUGAGGAGCACUGCACAGAAGGAAGUGGGUGUUGGUACUAGCGGGGAGGUGACACCCAGUAUGAUGGUGGUGUCGGAGGCAGAGGCUGAGCUACAGAGGGAGGUGGAGGAGCUGAAGCUGCGUCUUCACAUGGCCGCCGAGCACUACAAGGAGAAGUACCGGGAAUGCCAACGCCUCCGCAGGCAGGUCGCUAAACUGAACACAACUGAAUCACAGGGGGAGCCAAAGAGAAAUGCAUCCACUGAAACGACACAGGAGCCACUGACCCCUAGUCCAGAAUCACCCACAGCAGGGAAUAUAGCCACUGCAGUCCUACAAGAAGCAGCUGAGAUGACAAUCACCCCAGAACUCCAUAACAGGGAACCCACAUACACCGACACACACUUCAGCACUGAAAAGGAAGACGGGCAGAGAGGGAACAUGCAGAGGGAGAGGGCCGAGGCAGAGGGUGAGAGGGAAGUGAACCAAAAGGAAGAUGACGAGAACGAGGAGAAAGAAAAAGAGGAGAAGAAGGAGAGCCUGCCGGAGGAGAGCCUGAGGAUGACGAGCUGGGUGGAGGUGGAGAACGAGAGGCAGAGCGCUGAGGGGAACAGCGAGGAGGAAACUGCACAGAAGACGGAGGAGGCGAGGGACGAGAUGGAGGAGCAGCAGGUGCUGCUGGAGGUGGAGGGGAGGAGCAGCAUGGGGGAGGCAGAGAAGGAACAGACCCGCUCGGUGGAGGAGGAGCUAGCGAUGAUGGAGGAGAAGUGGAGGGAGCAGUGCGCCAUCAACGAGACGCUCAAACAGCGAUUGGCUGAUGAGGAAGAGCGAUUCAGAGUGCAGAUGGCAGAGCGAGCCAGUGAGGUGACAGAGCUGAAACGCAACCUUGCCCAAGCCCUUAGAGACAAGGAGCAACUACAGGAGGAGCUGCAGCGUUACGUGUGCAGGCAGAGGGAGCAGGAGGCUGGCGUUCAGGGCGCCGAGGUCAGGCAGCCGAUGGUGCUGCGCUACCCCCUGCCCUACCCCCAGGACCCCUCCCCUCCGCCACUGGUGCCACAGAGGCCUGCUGAGCUGCAGUACGGCAAUCCCUACUCCACCGACACCAGAAGAGACCGGGUGGAUGUCGCCCUGUCUCCCGAGCACAUGUCCCGUCCACCACCCGAGGCCCCGCCCUGCGCCCCUCCAUGCGCACCGCCAAUCGCAUCUCAAAGCCCUGAACCCGGGGUGCCCGGCUGGGACCAAGAGGUGGUGUGCAUCCAGCCCUCUCGCAGCACGAGCCCCCCCGAGAGCCUGGAGCAUCCUCCAGAGGAGCCACGAAAUGUCGCUGACGGGGCUCAGCCUUCCUGUGAUCAUCAGUCCAGGGGACGCAGUGAAGCCAGAAGCAGCUUCUGCUUUGACUCCAGUAACGACGUUCACAAGCGCUGCCCGCUCUGCGAGGUGAUCUUCCCACCCCACUUUGAGCAGCGCAGCUUCGAGCAGCAUGUCGAGAGCCACUGGAAGGUCUGCCCCGUCUGCUCCGAGCAGUUCCCGCUCAACUGCCAGCAGCAGCUCUUCGAGAGGCACGUCCUCACGCACUUUGAUGGCCACGUGCUCAAUUUCGAUCAGAUCGAAUGAGAGGAUUUGGAGUGGCAAACCUAGAGUUCUGACAUGCCGUAUGGGUAAAUGUGUGUUGUCAGCUAUUAGUUCAUUUUAAUCGGGGUUCGGUUAAGUCAUCUUGUCGAUAUACAAUCAUUAGCACUUUUUUGCAGCGUUAAAGGUUAGAAAGAAUGUAGUUCACCUCUGAAAGGAAGCAGAGUUGGUGCUUUGGCGGCUACUCCACCAAGGUGUUUGUUUAGUAGGGUAGCUUUCACUUUAAUGCACAGUGGGUAAAAGGACUUUUCUAUUUCAUUUUUAUGCUCAUCUUUCUGCUUCAAGGGACUAAAGCACCAUCCGACGUGCAUGCAUUUAUUCUGUGUUCAAAACAAUUCAACACUACAAAAUACACUACAGCUGUUUAAGCGAAAAGAGUGAAUUGUAGCAGGAGCUUUGAGGCAGGGAUUUGAAGAAAACAAAACAUUUUAGUAUCUUAAUGUCCCUGUUCUUUCACUCCCCUGAAUAUUUCUCUACAGUCAGUAGGAUUCUCUUGUGAUAAAGCAGCCAAGAAAGUGCUUCAUCUUUUGUCCACAUGAUUCAGAGCUUGGAAAGGCAGAGGAGAUAAGGGAAUGUUCUUUUUUUUUAAAAGUGUAAAUGCAGAGAGAAGGUCUGAAUAUGUGACAUCUCUGAGAGUCAUCUGAGUGUGUGUAUAUAAUUGGAGAAGGGUGUGGGGGGAGUGAUCUUUCGAUUUCUCCUGAGCCACAUACACGUAUGCUAGUGUUCUGUGAGCAAAGGCGUCAGACGGUUUAAACAAAAACAGCACUAUGUUUUCAUGUAUCUGCACUAAAUAAGGCUUUAUUCUGAAUGUAUUGUACAUAUGAAGAGAAGUAUAAAUUUGGGGAGAGACCUGUGAAUUACUGUCGUGAAACCUGCCCCCCCUCCCCUCCCCCACUGUUACCUCCCUCAUGUUUUAGUGAUGAAAGAUGACGGACCAAUGAUGUUUUACUUCCUGGUGUGCACUUUCUGGUCUUUGGUCGGUCUGUGAAAAGCCAGGCUGAGAGAUACUGUACCACGUUUAAGGCAAACAGACUGCAGGACACUGAGUUACAGACACUUUUAUUGUUAUGUACUUCCACGUUUUGAAGUUAGAACUGUGAAACGUCAUCGCUUUGUGCGCUGCUCCACGUUAGCCCUCCAUGAGUGAAUGACAUUUAUACGUGUCUCCCUUACAGGGCUUCAUACCACCGCUUGUCUAUUUUUCUGUCAUCACCAGGUAACUCCUGACAGUGUUGUAAUCAGGCUUUAAAAAUUGCACAUGCUCAGUAAAUCACAAGGCAAAUGUGUGUGUGUCUGUGUGUGUGUCGUAUGUAUGUAUGUAUGUCCUGUGUCGGAUGCAGCCCUUUUCAUGUGAGAGUGUCUGGAUGGUGGCGUAAGUGUGUACUGCAAAGAUCUUUAUGAAUAAAGUAAGCUUGUCUAAAUGCA